CGCCGGGAGCUGUCCGCGGUGCUGCCCGCAGGCGCCGCCCGAGCUCGGCCGGUGCGCACGCGUCCUGGGAGGCGCGCGCGGGACCCGCCGGCGCCGCCACUGCGCAGCCUCCCGCGCAGCCCCGGCCCGCACCCCAGCCGCGCGCGCCCCUUCGGCCCCGCUGCCUCCCCGCCCGGCGCAGCCUCCCGCGGCCUCCCCGCCGCCGCCGCCGCCGCUCCGGCCCGGGCCGGCCAUGGCGCUCAACAAUUUCCUUUUCGCGCAGUGCGCCUGCUACUUCCUGGCCUUCCUGUUCAGCUUCGUGGUGGUGGUGCCGCUGUCCGAGAACGGCCACGACUUCCGCGGCCGCUGCCUGCUCUUCACCGAGGGCAUGUGGCUGAGCGCCAACCUCACGGUGCAGGAGCGCGAGCGCUUCACGGUGCAGGAGUGGGGCCCGCCGGCCGCCUGCCGCUUCAGCCUGCUCGCCAGCCUCCUGUCGCUGCUCCUGGCCGCCGCGCACGCCUGGCGCACGCUCUUCUUCCUCUGCAAGGGACACGAGGGCUCCUUCUUCUCUGCCUUCCUGAACCUCCUGGUCAGCGCCUUCGUGGUCUUCCUGGUCUUCAUCGCCAGCACCAUCGUGAGUGUGGGCUUCAGCAUGUGGUGUGACGCCAUCACCGAGAAGGGCACCGUGCCCCACAGCUGUGAAGAGCUCCAGGACAUUGACUUGGAGCUGGGCGUGGACAACUCUGCCUUCUAUGAUCAGUUUGCCAUUGCCCAGUUUGGCCUCUGGGCCUCGUGGCUGGCCUGGCUGGCCGUCACCACGCUGGCCUUCCUGAAGGUGUACCACAGCUACUGCCGGGAGGACCUGCUGGACAGCCUGAUCCAUGAGAAGGAGCUGCUGCUGGCCCGGCCAUCCCCACGCACCUCCUUCCAAGAGGAGAAGAGCGCUGUCAUUUAGGCACAGUGCCGGCGGGCAGUGGGGGAGCGGCCCGGGCCUCCCUGUUGCACUCGGGGGCACAGGCCGGCCUGGGGGAGCAGCUGGGGGGCUCUGCCUGGGCCCCGGCCUCAUGCAGCCCUGCGUGUGUCCCCUCGAACCGUGUGUAGUGAGAUGAGUGCCCCAGGGCCCACGUGUGAGCCUGGCGGUGGACUGGGUGGGUGCCGGCUCCCUGAUGAGGAUGGUGCAGAGAGACUGUGGGGGUGCCUCGUGCAGGACCCCGUGCCUGUCCCGUAGGACCUGACUGGCUAGCCUGGGUGGAGGGUGUCCAGCUGGUCUCCUCCAGCCCCUGCCCGAUGCUGGCCCAGGGGUGGCCAGACGUCACUCACCCCUGAAUGAAUUCUGCAUGAAUUCUGCCAUCCAGGCAGAGGCUGAGUGUGGGGAGGGGCUCACGGCACCUUCCAGCCUCUGGCCCUGGGUCAGCCCCUCCCUGGCUGAGUCCCCCUCCUGGGUGGGUGCCACAGGCCUGGGAGACCCCAUGGCCUGCCUCAUGGAGGCUUCUGAGGCCCUGUGAGUUGGCCUUACUGUGUGUGGGUCCUCUGUGCUAGGCUGGGGAAUGGGGAGGCGGGAAGCUGGGCUCUACAAAGUCGGGGGCAUCAUCUGGUUGGGGGUUUGGGGGGCACAUAAACUACACAGCAUUGCACCAGGAGCCAUGGCAGGGGGCUGUGUGGGUGAGUGUGCAUGGGAGGGUGGGAUUCUGUGAGUACCUUUGUGCAUAGGAGGGUGUGAUGGUGUGAAUAUGUGAGAUGAGAGUGUGACUGAGUGUUCAUGGGAGGUGUGAGUGUGACUACAUGUGAGUGUGUGACUGCAUGUGGGGGUGUGACUAUGUAUGUGAGGUGUGAGUGUGUGACUGCUGUGUGUGCAUGUGUGUGACUGCAUGUGAGGGUGUGACUGCAUGUGAGUGUGUGACUGCAUGUGAGGGUGUGACUGCUGUGUGUGACUACAUGUGAGUGUGUGACUGCAUGUGAGGGUGUGACUAUGUGAGGUGUGAGUGUGUGACUGCUGUGUGUGCACGUGUGUGACUGCAUGUGAGGGUGUGACUGCUGUGUGUGACUACAUGUGAGUGUGUGACUGCAUGUGAGGGUGUGACUGCAUGUGAGGGUGUGACUAUGCAUGUGAGGUGUGAGUGUAUGACUGCAUGUGGGUGUGACUGCUCUGUGUGACUACAUGUGAGUGUGUGACUGCAUGUGAGGGUGUGACUGCUGUGAGUGUGUGACUGCAUGUGGGGCGUGACUGCAUGUGAGGGUGUGCAUGUGAGUGUGUGACUGUGAGGGUGUGACUGCAUGUGAGUGUGACUGGAUGUGAGUGUGACUGCAUGUGAGGGUGUGACUGCAUGUGGGUGUGACUGCAUGUGAGUGUGACUACAUGUGAGUGUGUGACUGCAUGUGAGUGUGUGACUGCAUGUGAGGGUGUGACUGCUGUGUGUGACUACAUGUGAGUGUGUGACUGCAUGUGAGGGUGUGACUAUGCAUGUGAGGUGUGAGUGUGUGACUGCAUGUGGGUGUGACUGCUCUGUGUGACUACAUGUGAGUGUGUGACUGCAUGUGAGGGUGUGACUGCUGUGUGUGACUACAUGUGAGGGUGUGACUGCAUGUGAGGGUGUGACUAUGCAUGUGAGGUGUGAGUGUAUGACUGCAUGUGGGUGUGACUGCUCUGACUACAUGUGAGUGUGUGACUGCAUGUGGGGUGUGACUGCAUGUGAGGGUGUGCAUGUGAGUGUGUGACUGCUUGUGAGGGUGUGACUGCAUGUGAGUGUGUGACUGCAUGUGUGUGCAUGUGAGUGUGUGACUGCAUGUGAGUGUGUGACUGCAUGUGAGUGUGUGACUGCAUGUGAGGGUGUGACUGCAUGUGAGUGUGUGACUGCAUGUGAGGGUGUGACUGCAUGUGAGGGUGUGACCGCAUGUGAGGGUGUGACUGCAUGUGUGUGCAUGUGUGUGACUGCAUGUGAGCGUGUGACUGCAUGUGUGUGCAUGAGUGUGUGACUGCAUGUGAGUGAUUGCAUGUGAGUGUGUGACUGCAUGUGAGGGUGUGACUGCAUGUGUGUGCAUGUGAGUGUGUGACUGCAUGUGAGCGUGUGACUGCAUGUGUGUGCAUGUGAGUGUGUGACUGCAUGUGAGUGAUUGCAUGUGAGGGUGACUGCAUGUGAGGGUGUGACUGCAUGUGUGUGCAUGUGAGUGUGUGACUGCAUGUGAGUGAUUGCAUGUGAGUGUGUGACUGCAUGUGAGUGUGUGACUGCAUGUGAGGGUGUGACUGCAUGUGACUGUGUGACUGCAUGUGAGGGCUUGUGUGCAUGGGAGCGUGUGGGAUGUGAGUGUGAGGGUGCGAGUAUCUGUGACAUGUGCAUAUAUGUGAGUGUGUGAGGAGCAUGUAGGUGUGUGUGCUGGGCAGGGGUGUCUGCACACAGCGUGUGUGUACAGCAUGGGCAUGGGCAAGUGCAGGUGAACGUGCCUGUGAGCAUGUGCAAGCCUGUGAGUGUGCCUGUGUGUUUGAACACUGUGUGUGUGAGGGGAGCCGUGGGCGCUGUGUGGGCAGCCCCCUGCCCCUCCCAUGGGCUCUCGUGCCCAGCGUCCAUCUGAGAGAGGAGAGAGCUGCCUUCCCAUUCUGCAGAGUUUGUGUGCCAAGGCCCAGAGGAGGCAGGUGGAGGAGCUGGGAUGUGAACCUGGGACCCCAGGGUGCGGGGGCCGCUUGACUGUGGACCCCGCCCUUCGGGAGAGCCCAGGGCCCACCUCCUCUGGAGGUUCCGGGGUCCUUGUUCUGAGGCAGGGGCCUCCCCACCUGGGGCUCCAUAAGAGGCUGUUUCUUGGCUGAGUGCUGCUAAGUGCUCUUUGCUGCUGCACCCACCCUCCUGGGGAGAGGUGAGGCCCCCGCUCCCCAUGUUGGUGACCCUCCCUGUCCACCAGCAGCUGGCUUGCACCUCUGGGUGGCUGGGCACCAGUCUCCUGGUGGCCACAUGCCUGGGUCUGCAUGGAGGGGCCUGGUGGGACCAUCAUCCUGCAUCCUGGGAAUGAGGCCAGCAGGUGACUGGUCAGGCUGUGGCAAGGGCAGGUGCCUAUCAUAGGGUGUCAAGGCCAGGGGGCGAGGCCCUGGCAGCUCAAGGGGGCUCUGAUCUCAGGGCCCAGCUGACUUUCCAGCUGGCAGCCAUGUCCUCAAGGGAAGGGGUUUAGACAGAAUCUGAGGCCCUGAAGCUGAUGGGGUCCCCUGUCCCCCCUGCCAGCCCUGACCCACUGGACAUGGGGACUCUUCAGCCUCUCCCCCACCAGCCCUGACCCACUGGACACGGGGACUCUUCCCAGCCCUGAGAGCUCCUUGCCUGUGUCUCCAGCAGAAGGUGGGGUGGCUCCUGCCUCACCUCUGCCUGACCCUGAUCCAGGCCACAGCCAUCUAGGGCCCGGAAGGAGGGGCAGGAGGCAAGAGUGGCUUCUGGGACCCGAGGGUCAACCCCGGUUGGGUCUGCCCUUGGUAGCUGCACUGCUGGAUUCCAGGAGCUGGUCUGGGGUAGCCCCGUGGCCAGGGUGAUGGACAUCCAUGCUGCACACAGACACAGACCUGGCCCUGGCUGGGGGUCGCUGGAGCCCAGACACCAUCACCCUGGAAAGGGGCAGCUGGGCCUGGGGCAUGCUGGGAAGGGACUGGGGUCCUGGCCAUGGGCUCUGCAGGGUCCCUUGGGGGACUGGGCCUCUCCCAGGCAGGAAGGUGGGAAGUGGGGGUACGACCUGGGGCUCUGGAGGCAGAUCCCCCGUGCUGCUUCUGAGCUGCCUUCGCUUCUCUCCUGGCUGUGUGAUAAUGGGUAUCCCUGUUCUAAUUCCACUCUGGCUAAACUGAAGGAAAGAUCCUUACGCUUACAUGUGUCCGUUCCUCGAAGUCAAAAUAAAAACAAAGCUCUUGAGUCUCCAGCA